AUGGACAAGGAGCAACGGAAACUACUUGCAAUUCUCGAAGAUGGAAUCGGAGAGGCGUCGGCGCAGAUGGAAACUGGAACUUCUAUUACGCAAAAUUACGGAGCAACAGUUGCCGAGGCCGCAAGCCCGUGGAAAAGCACCAGAGCUGAGCAAUCGACUGGUGGCUUCCAGCUCAUCCGCUGUGCUGCCUGUCAAACUCUUUUCGACAUUUCCAAGCAAAGACACCAGAGUCUGGUCAGGUGCAAUCAGUGCAACGAAGCCACGUCGAUGGUCCGGGCACCGGCCGGCAAAAAGUACGUGCGAUGCCCUUGCAAAUGCCUGUUGAUAUGCCACGAAUCGGCCUCCAAGAUCGCCUGCCCUAGACCUGGAUGCCGAAGGAUCAUCAACUUGGCUCCAAAGAAAUCCUUCCAGACACCCAAUUCUCUUCCCAUCUUUACAUGCGCCUACUGUUUCAAUCAAUUUCUCUUUAACCUGCCCAAAAGUGCUCUAAGCGGAUGCACGUACGCCCGAUGUCCCGAUCACGAUUGCAAGAAAGUCUCGUCCAUUGGCAGCCCGAAAUUCGGCCGAAAAUGGGCCAUCAUUUUCUUGAUUAUGAGCCUCGCCUUCACAGGUGCUGCUGUCGGCCUCAUUUGCACCACGACUUUCACGGAAGAAUCUACCAAAGGAGGGAUUUACGUGAUCAUCGUUGGAAUGUUUCUAAUUGCCUUUUUGUCAUUCGUUCGAAGUCUUUUCUAUUGGACCAUGAAAGUUAGCUUAAUACAAGGGUCUACUUAA